AUGCUGAGAGUGUCAGGUGUCGCACCAGCUCCGUCUGGCCACGAGUGGCGAUUUCAGUGUUCUGUUGGCGUGGACUGUAGCGACGCUGAGCCUCGCUGUAUCUGGCUGGCAGUUUUAAGGGGGGUUUCACCUCACACCUCACCCCGCCCAGCCCCCAUUGCAUCACCGAGAAGGCGGGGCUCCCGAAGAGUCAUACAGCGUCAUCGCUUGACCUGGGCUAAAGGACGGAGAGAUGGCAUGGUGUCGUCCAAUGAGAACAGGCGCAGGCCGCUGUCGUCGGGUGAGGUGGAGGGCGUGUCGUGGCAGGGCCCACGGACCAUUUUUGUCUUGAAGAACUCACAGGGAUUCGGCUUCACUCUGCGCCACUUCAUCGUCUACCCACCAGAGUCGUCCCUCCACAGCCUCAAGGAUGAAGAGAACGGAAAUGCAACCGAAAAAGUUUGUCAGCAGUCUCGUUUGGAGCCAAUGGACACCAUCUUUGUGAAGAGUGUCAAAGAAAAUGGCCCCGCGCAACAAGCAGGACUGUGUACAGGGGACAGGCUCGUGAAGGUGAAUGGGGAGAGCAUUCUGGGAAAAACCUACUCUCAGGUGAUCGCACUCAUCCAAAACAGUGAAAACAUUCUGGAGCUCUCUAUAAUGCCCAAAGAUGAGGAUGUGUUGCAGUUGGUAAGUGCGUACUCCCAGGAUGCCUACCUGAAAGGCAAUCAGCCAUAUUCAGGCGAAGCCCAGAACCUCCCUGUGCCGCCGCCUCUCUGUUACCCUUCCACUAAGCCCAGCACCGCUGCCCCACAGCCCGACCACAACCUCCACAGUCCCCUGGACAACUGGCAGUGCCGACCCGGCCCCGCUGCCUCUCCACUGGACAACCGCCCCCCUGCUGCUUCUACACCCACCUCCGGCUGGCCCGGGGGUCCUGAGGAUUCCAGUGGCCACUUUGCCCCGCCGGGGAGGCACCGAGGCCGCUCCUCUUCGGCCAUCAGUGUGCUGGACUUUCACUUUGCUAACCACAAUGCUGCCAUCGCCUCUGCAACUCUCCCUCCGCCACGGAAGGGCAGCCUGCCGGCCUCUGCCCGCGCUCACGCCGAUACUCUUUGCCACCAGGCUCUGUCGGACUGGUACUACAGCCAGGCGGAGGCUGCAGAGAGCAUGUCCCCCCGCCACCGCAGUAUAUCUCAGGGUUGUGUAGCAGAGCUCGGGCUGGGGUUGGCACUCGGCCCCGGACCUUCAUCUGCUUCCACAACCUCCGCGGAGCAACGGCGAAGAGAAACCCUCCUGUGCCACCACCAGGCAGCUGCUGCUUCCCAUGAUUCCUAUUGGCUAGGGGGCUGGGGGGGUGUAUCAGGACCAGGAAGCAGGUCAUGCUCGGAGAGCCUCCUGGCAGCCUACGCCGAGUACGAGCAUAACUACGGGCGUUCUGUGGAGACACUGGCACAAGCCUCUGCUCUGGUUUCGCCACAUCAUGAACACUCGUCACAAAGCGCCCACGUGGCAAAAUUCAGAGAGCAAAAAGAGCAGAAGGUCUCAGCAGGGCAUCAGCACAAAACCACAGUGAUAUAUCCCAUCACAGCCUCCUCCACAGUGCCUCCUAGUGGCAGGCGGUCCGGGCAGCAGGUAGCUGAACCCCAAACAAGGCGGGUAAAAGAAGAGGAGCUGGUGGGCUACAAAAGCUACAGCCCGUCUUUCUCUCGCAAAGCUGGCCACCUCCUCCAGCAGGCCCACUCCUUCAGAGAGCCCAGCUACAGCGGCCCUCACCUCAACUGGAGCCCCGGCAGCAGAAGCAGCGCUGCAGACGGCGAGGAGGGGUUGGUACCCAGGCCGAGGUCCACCCCCACCCUGUCUGCAGAAGAGGAGGAGAGAGCUCGACUGGGUGAGGACAGGGAGCUCAUCUCCCCCAUCUCCCUGACUCAAGAGGUGGUACUGAGGCAGAAGCCGCCUUCCGGCCGCCGGACCCCCGUUCAGUUUGCUCGACAUCCCCACUACCCCACCCCCGGAGAGUCACCCGAGCCCCCUGGCUUGGAACCCCCACGAGGGACCCCCUCUCCUGUCUCUGGAGGGCCUGGCCCCAACCGCAGGGCUAAUGGUAGCCUGGCUCAGCAUGCAUACAACUCCCUGUCCUCUAUUCCCUUCAUAGAUGAUCCCACCAGUCCUAGCAUUGACCUGCAGGCCUGCUAUGUACCAGCCCGCUCUGUUGUGUCCAGUUCCCAGGCCUCCACUAUGGCCACACUCACUUCCACCUCUGUCUCCCCCACCCUCUUCUCAAACUCCCCCUUUGUCCGACUUCGUUCUCAGGACUGCAGCAGUAUUAAAAGUCGCCGCUCCUCUUACUUGCUGGCCAUCACCACCGAAAGAUCUAAGUCCUGUGACGAGGGCCUCAACACCUUCAGGGAAGAAGGCCGUGUCUUCUCCAAACUGCCAAAAAGGGUCAAGAGCUUUUUCACUGAUGGGUCUCUGGAGAGCCUGCGAGUCCAGGAAGAAGCCCGGUCCAAACGCCACUCUACUUCUGAACUGGGAACCAUCACCUUUAGUGAUGUUCGCAAGGAGGGCUGGCUGCACUACAAACAGAUCCUCACAGAGAAGGGAAAGAAAGUAGGCGGUGGCAUGCGACCAUGGAAGCGGGUCUUCUCCGUGCUCCGUUCCCAUUCGCUCUUCCUCUACAAGGACAAGCGAGAGGCCGUCCUUCACGGCGCGGGGGCGGGACCCAGCCAGGACGAGCAUCCUCCAAUCAGCAUCCGCGGCUGCCUGAUCGACAUCGCCUAUAGUGAAACCAAGCGUAAGCACACCCUGCGGCUGACCACGCAGAACUUCUGUGAGUACCUGCUGCAGGCUGAGGACAGGGACGACAUGCUGGCCUGGAUCCGGGUCAUCAGGGAGAACAGCAAGACCGACAACGAGGAGAUUGGUUUCUCAGGACAAGCUCUCAUCAACAAGAAGCUGAAUGACUACAGAAAACACAGUCUGACAGGUAGUAAGCCAGACUCCUCUCCCAGAGCCCAUCGUAUGAUGCCUCCCUUCCUCCUUGCUAAGACUGACAACACCUCAGUGAACCGAGCCUCCCGAACCGAUGACAACAAGGCCCUGUGGGGCAUCAACAUCAUGAAGAAGGCCAAGAAGAUAGGCAGUCCGAAGGCUUUCGGUGUGCGCCUGGAGGACUGUCAGCCUGCUGUCAACCAUAAAUUUGUCCCUCUGAUUGUGGAGAUGUGCUGCGGUGUGGUGGAGGAGACGGGUCUGGAUUACACCGGCAUCUACCGCGUGCCGGGGAACAACGCCAUGGUGUCCAACCUGCAGGAGCAUCUCAACAAGGGCAUGGACAUCAACACCGCUGAGGAGAGAUGGCAGGACCUAAAUGUAAUCAGCAGCCUUCUCAAAUCGUUCUUCCGAAAACUGCCUGAGCCGUUGUUUACUGAUGACAAAUACAACGAUUUCAUUGAUGCCAACCGGAUAGAAGACGCAGAGGACAGACUGAAGACCAUGAAGAAACUGAUCCAUGACCUCCCAGAUCACUAUUAUCACACCCUUAAGUUCCUAGUAGGUCACCUCAAGAAGGUGGCAGAUCACGCUGAAAAGAACAAGAUGGAGCCGAGAAACCUGGCUCUGGUGUUUGGUCCUACUCUGGUGAGGACGUCAGAAGACAAUAUGACUGACAUGGUCACCCACAUGCCUGACCGCUACAAAAUAGUGGAGACUCUUCUUCUGCACCAUGACUGGUUCUUCACAAAUGGAGAGCUUGAUAAAGAAGAGAAGGCCCCAGAGGAUAAGCGGGACAUGCAGCCUGUGCCAAACAUUGACCAUCUGCUGUGCAACAUCGGCAGGCCGGGCAUGCCAGGAGAGGCAUCAGCUGAGACAAUGGAUCAGCCUCUUCGGUAGGACCAGGUUUUCCUUUUGUGUGUUGGUUUGGUGUUUCAAUUGCAUUUGGAUUUUUUACACACUAUUUUUUCUUUCUGUCAUCGGGUUUCCCCCCAAAUGUAUCAUCAUCCUCCUCCGUGACGGGGCGGAAAACGUUUGUGUACUCGUGCCUAACCGUCACGGUCUGGUGCACACGGCCAG